UCUGUGGUGACUUCACAAGCUCGGGGAGAUGCAUAUAUAUACUGCGGAGUGAGAAGGCUGAGAGCCAUCUACUAUUUUGCUACUGCCCAACUCCCGAUCUCCUGUGCCUCAUACCGGUUGACUGGUGGCACGCUUGUUGCUUGUCCCCGCAACUAUGAACCUGUCUGCGGCACCAAUGAGGUGACCUACCCCAAUGAGUGCAACCUCUGCGCAGAAAUCCUCCGUAACCGAGCCAUCAAGAAGAAGCAUGAUGGAAGAUGUGUUCAUCAGGUUGACUGUACUGGCCAUACGAGAUCCACCCUUGGUGUUGCGGUGCCCUGCACCAUGGAGUACACGCCCAUAUGCGGCACCAACGGAGUUACCUACUCAAACAAGUGCCGCUUCUGCAAUGCUGUGGCGAACGGACUGAACUUAGACGUGCGUCAUCAGGGAACAUGCUCUGAGGCUUCCAACAACCCAGGGAUUGACUGCAGCGAGUUCCAGAUUAGCAAUCUCGUCUGCCCCACGAGCUAUGACCCCCUGUGCGCAUCCGAUGGCAAAACUUAUGGAAACAAGUGCCAGUUCUGCAGCGCACUUGCGAAGAGCCGGGGGGCUCUGGCUCUCAAACACCAUGGCCAAUGCUGA